AUGGCGCCCUCAAAGAAAAGUCCAGCAUCAUCCAAGACGAAGUCAUCUUCUUCCUCCACCCCCUACAUCAAGAAAGUCAAGGGCGAGAACUUCUACCACAAUGCGAAGACCGCGAACCGGCUGAAAAUGCUCAAGGGCGGCAAGGCCGUGCGCGACAAGGACGGCAAGAUCAUCCAGGCCGCCGCGUUCCAGAAGGGCGAGGACGAGACGAAGCCGGGCCGUGUGCAGCCCGAUCGGCGGUGGUUCGGGAACACGAGGGUGAUCUCGCAGACCGCGCUGGAUCACUUUCGGACGAGUCUCGCUGCGAGGCAGAACGACCCGUACUCUGUGCUGCUGCGCAAGAACAAGCUGCCCAUGGCGUUCAUCGACGAUGCGGCGAACCCGAAUACUCGCAAGCGGUCGCAUAUCCUUGAGACGGAGACGUUCAAGGACACCUUUGGUCCCAAGGCUCAACGCAAGAAGCCCAGGAUAGAUGUCGGCACCUUCGAGGAGCUUGGGAAGGCAAGCGCGGCAGCUGCAGACAUCAAGGAAGCUGCUGAGGAUGGGGAACCAGGGGCAGAGGCUUCGACAUCCCUGGGCAAUGACUUCCAAACCCACGCCGACAUCGUCGAGCCGAUCUACGCCAAGGGCACAUCUCGUCGCAUAUAUGGAGAACUGUACAAGGUCAUCGACUCUUCCGACGUGAUCAUUCAUGUCAUCGACGCGCGGGACCCUCUUGGCACCCUCUGUGAGUCGGUCUUGGAGUUUGUGAGGAAGGAGAAGGCACACAAACAGGUCGUCCUUGUGAUUAACAAGUGCGACCUGGUGCCCAACUGGGUCACUGCGCGCUACAUCCAACACCUCACGCCGCGCUACCCCACCCUCGCCUUCCACGCUUCGCCAAACCAUUCCUUCGGCAAAGGCUCCCUGAUCCAGCUCCUCCGCCAAUUCUCGCAGCUACACUCGGACAAGAAGCAGAUCUCCGUCGGCUUCAUCGGCUACCCGAACGUCGGCAAGUCCUCCGUCAUCAACACCCUCAAGUCCGGCAAGGUCUGCAACGUCGCCCCCGUCCCGGGCGAGACCAAGGUCUGGCAGUACAUCACGCUCACCAAGCGCAUCUACCUCAUCGACUGCCCUGGCAUCGUCCCCACCUCUGCGCGCGACUCGCAGACGUCGACGGUCCUCAAGGGCGUCGUCCGCGUCGAGGCACUCGCGACACCCUCCGAACACGUCCCCGCGCUCAUGGAGCGCGUCAAGCCCGUCUACCUCGCGCGCACGUAUGCGGUCCCUCUGCCCGACGCGGACGAUCCGAGCCAAGGGUGGGAGCCCGAGGCGUUCAUGGACAAGCUCGCGCGCAUGAAGGGCCGGCUGCUCAAGGGCGGGGAGCCGGACCGGGAGUCGGUCGCGAAGAUCCUGCUUAGUGACUGGGUGCGGGGGCGGAUCCCGUUCUUCGCGCCGCCGCCGGAGCGGUCGGACGAGCUGAACAGGGUGGAGGAGAAGAAGAAGGCGCGGGCGGCACGGGAUGCGAAGGGGAAGGGGAAGACCGCGGCUAAGGAGGAGGGGCACCGGAUUGGCGUCAAGCAGAACUUGGGCUCGAUCAUGCAGAAGAACACGUUCGUAGGUGAGGACGUGCGGCCUAUCGAGGGCGAAGAUGAGGGUGAGGGUGAAGUCGAAGAAGAAGUGGAGGCCGAGAGAGACGGUGAGGAAAACGAUGAAGAGGAAGAGGAAGAGGAGGUGCUUGGCUGGAACGACGUCUUCAAAGGUGACGACGCCGCAGCAAAGGGGGGUGAAGAUGAGGACGACAAUGAGGAUGGGGAUGAGGAUGAAGAUGAAGUCGAGCCGUCCAAGGGUCCUGUUCAGGCUGUGUCGGGCGAGGAGUCGCCUCAAACACAAAAGAAUCGUCGUGUGACGACCAACAAGAAAAAGGCAACAAACUUCUACACGAGUGCAAACGUGAAAAACAAGAAUCGCCAGAAAGCGGCCGUCUUGAAGUCGUUGCAAUCCGGCGACAAAGGUCGCACGCGGAGACGAUAG